AUGAAGGAGGAGGAAGAUGCCGAGCUUAAUCGUCUCAUUGCAGAAAAUGAUCGGAUUAACCGUGAAAAGGCAGAAGCAAGGGCGCGAAAAGAGGAGGAAGAAUGGAAGGUUACUCAGCGUGAGAUUCUAAGCGAAAUCGAUGAGGCUCUUCAAAAACAGCACCAAGUGGCAAAAGAGGCUACAGCAGAGGUUCGAGAUGCAAUUUCUCGCAGUCGUGACUUCGUGAACGAGGAAAAUUUAGAAGCGAAGAUCCUAGAAGCUCUUGAGCACCCUAUAGUCUACGAUUUUGCUAUCGAUCGCCAAGGCAAAAAGUACUACGAUCCUACACCGGUGAAGUACCAAGAGGGUGUACCAACGCGACAAAAAGGUCGACUCUUUGAUCGCACUCUUGGAGUCCCACAAGCAUCUGAGUCCGAAGAGGACAAACAUCAAGAUGAUUUAUCAGAAGCUUCCAAGGUCUGA